AUGCGCCCACCCAUGCGCCCCACGCUCCUCUUCCUCGCACUCUUGGCUGCGGUCGUCGCCGAACCCACAGGUUGGAACUUGGCAUGCAACCCCAGCCUCUCCGUCUGUAGUCGCUGCACCAUCACUUGGACUGGUGCAAGUGCGGUUGUAUCUGCCAAAGUCGUCGACGCAGCUGGGUCCGGGAGCUCCUGUUCCGUCAGCAAGACCGGCGAUUCUUGUACCUGGGAUGUCGGCAUGGCCCCAGGUAGUGUCGCAUCGGUUGUCUUAACCUUGAAUGGCACCGACUACUCACAUACGCUCGGUGAGGUCGAGUGUGACCCCAACUGUCCAGCAUUCGCGGAUCCAGCCAGCAAGGGCCCCACGACCCCCAAACCUGACCCUGCUGAGACGACCGCGAAUGCCGACAAACCAACUAAGCAAGUCAAGACGACGACCAAGGUCUCGACUGCCCCACCCACAGAGCUCACCACAACGGACGAGCAAGGGCGGACCACGACGAUCGUUCUCCCUGGUGCUGUCAUUACCACCAUCACCACCGUAGAUGACGAGCCGACCAAGGGCCUCAGCACCGGCACCGUGGCCGCCAUUGCGUCCGUGAGCAGUAUCGCCGGUCUUGCCCUGAUUAUUGGCGGGUGGUACGCGUGCCGUAAGAGUCGGCGCCGCAACGAGGAAAUGGAGCUCGAGGAUUCGAUCCUGUUCGGGCCUCCCCGCCACGGGUCAGCAGUCAACGACCCGUUCCUCAGCCCUCUGAGCAACGCGACUCCAUACGACGCUCAGGAGGUCCUUGGCCCAGUCGCCGGCCAGCGGACGAGUGGGUACGGCGGGCCAGGUAUCGCGUCAACCUUCCCGGCACGCUACACGGACCCAUAUUCGGAGCCGUCGAGUCCGACCAUGCGCCCGAGUUCGCGCACGAGUGCGCCGAAUUCACCGGUAAUGAUGCCGCGCAACCGCUCGGCCGCCUCCCUUGACCGCCUCUCGCGCCCGUCGAGUCUGGUCCUAGUCUCGGAACCCACCGUGUCCGCCAAACCAGCACCACGAUACGCAAACGACGACGUUGCCGAGUUCGUUACGACGGGCACGCCAGUUACUAUGCGCUCACUCGUCCCUGGGAGGCGGCGCCAGAGCGCUGGCAUCCCCGACCGCCCGCGCAGCUGGGUCGACACGGAUGAUCGGCGUGUGAGCAUGACCCACGAGCAGAUGGUCACGGCCGUGGCCCGUCAGAGGGAUUCGCGCGGGUCGCGGGACCUCGACGCAACGCAGCCGCUGCUGCAGCGCUGA